AUGGCUGUUCCUCUGCUGCCACGCCGCUGCGGGCUUCAUGCGAUCGAUGUCCGCUGUCUGAAGGCUAAAGAACCUAAAUCAUGCACCUUCAGUCGACGACUACGAACUGGAAAGCCGAGGGGGAACGGAGAGUCGGACAAACGACCGGGUCUAUCGCGCAGGGAGCGGAGCGCAUCCAAAACGUCCGUACCGGGCAUGAGCGUAUUCACAUUAUCCAGUCUAUCUACCCCGGAGACUGCAUCAGAUGAACUGGCUCGGCCGAAUAUGCCGUCACCCAUGGGGCAGGAACAUAACACACAUGAGACUUUCCCAUCUGUCACGUUUUUGGGGGGCUUAUGGGGUCAGGAUAAUUUCAUGCUUCAUUGUGCGCAGAGGGACCAGAUAGAUGCGCUUGCCUACCUUGAGCCCGUAACUGGCCAACCGGACGAGGACCCCUGCAGCUCCGACACAAAGGAGAGCUUAGACCUGCUUGCAGGGACAGCAUACGACGAUUUAGCUGGUUUCCUAGACAGUGCAGGCCCUUGCCCGUCUCCGCCAUACACUAUUGACCCAGAUCUAGCCCUGCAAUUGGAUAUGGACAAGAGAGCGAGCAUGGAUCCCCUUGCAGGAGAGAGACCCAACCUACUAGUCGAUCUCUCCACUCUUCUCUCAAAAAUGGCCCAUUACGAAACCCAGCUUGCAGAUUUAGACGGGAGCAAGCUAGAAAACUAUCCAAUCGGGGAUGCUCUGUUUCUCUCCAAGCGCUUCUACGCGAUUAUCACAGACCAUAGCCAUCUACCCACUAUCAACGUUUCAUCCGACCUAGACAUGCCAAGCAGACUGCUCACACUCUCCUGCUAUAUCACGCAAACACGAAUAUACUCCGCUGUUUUCGCCUAUCUCCGAGAGCACCUUUCAAAGCCCUCGGACCCGUGCUCUGCCCACAGACCCACACACUUCCCACAUUCUUUGAUGGCGGAUAUAAAUGCUUACCAGGGAUUGCGACUGGGUCAGCUACAGACAAGCUGCAUGUGCGUUGGGUUUGAAACUGCCAUGCGUACUAAAAGAGCUGUUUCUAUGUUGCUAGAUGCGUUGAAUGAUAUUGAGCGAGCUCUGGGAUUGCCGGGGACAUUCCGGGCGGCCCAGUCGCAGGUGUCGAGAGAGAUGUCUCAGGGGACGACGGUGGAUACGGUGCCCCUAUUUGAUGAAAGUGUCAUGACGGGUUUGGAGAAUGGACGGUGGCAGAAGAAGAUAAGAGAAGAGGAGCGGCAGUUAUGCGAUAAAGUUGAGGAUGUGGAUUAUUUGCUGCGUAGUCUAUUAGCCAGUACUUAG